AUGUGUCAAACUCAGACGACUCCACGAGCACUCGUUGGGCUGAGCAACCUCGGAAAUACUUGUUUCAUGAACAGCGUGCUGCAGUGCCUUGUCAAUACUGCGCCACUCUCUGCAUAUUUUGUCGCAGACGAGUAUAGCGGGGAAUUAAAUCGAAGCUCCAAGAGUUGGCAGCUUGUCGACGACUACGCGUCACUUGCAAAAGACAUGUGGAGGACUGCUGGGAACACUCACACCAGCAUCAACCCCUCAGCCCUCAAGAUGCAAAUCUCUCGAUGGGCAAGACAAUUCAGUGGGUAUGAGCAGCACGACAGUCAGGAGCUCCUUCGCUUUCUCCUCGACGGGUUACAGGAGGGUUUGAUGCGUCCCAAACGAGAGCCGCCCUGGCCGUACGAUGACAAAGACUUUGAAAAGAGAGCCAUCGCUGAGCAGUCCCGGCGGAUGUGGGAAAACUACUUGGCUAGGAACAACUCGCAGAUCACCGACAUCUUCUGCGGACAGUUGCGCUCUCGGGUGACGUGUGCGACAUGCAAGAGGGAAUCGAAUUGUUAUGAUCCCUUUAUGGACUUGUCAUUGCCGAUUCCGAAGAAAUUUCAGGGACUGUCCAAGUGGCGGUCGAGUGCGCAAGAGUGUAAACUACAAGAUUGCCUCGAGCAGUUCGUGGACGAGGAGAAACUUGAGGGGAAUGAGAUGUACUAUUGCUCGAGGUGUAAGAAGCAUCAGGUUGCCAUCAAGGAGAUGAAGAUAUUUCGUUGCCCCCUCGUCCUUGUCCUCCACCUCAAGAGAUUCGACAAGCGUUCUUCCUCAAGGUCCAAGCUCAACGCCUCCGUUCGCUUCCCCACAGCCUCCCUCGAGCUCGCUCCCUACAUGUCGUCCGAUAGCCCUGACCUCUCCACCUCCACCUUCGAUCUCUACGGUGAGACUUCUCUGUAUGAGAACGAGGAGGAUGACGGCAGGUUUCAGGGAUUUCGCAACAUUCAGGCUCUUUGGACGGAGGGCAUUAUAUCGCUCAUUGUAGAAAUUUCGAUGACGGUCUGUGGUACUGCUUCAACGACACGUACGUAA